GAGUUACCGCCCCUCCUGGCCGCACUCGUCCCUUCAGAUCCGUCUGUGAUGAUACUGUUUGCAGUGAUGCUCGGAGGGCAGGCACCUGCUGCUCUGUAAUGAUUCAGCCUCUUUCAGCCGUCGCGUUAACACAACAGGAUGCUGUUGCUACUGUCGCUGCUGCCUCUCCUGCCGCCGCCGCUGCUGCCGCCGCCGCCGCCGCCGCUGAUUCUGCUCUUGCUUUUACUUCUCCUGCAUGACAGUUGUUUUCUCCAUCUAAGCAGACACCAGCUUCAGAUGCUCGAGGUGAGAAACGUGCCUUUCAGUUUGGGCUACUGGUUUACUUAAUUGACCAACCAUCAGCUGGAUUUCUAUUCUGGCCCCUGUCCUCUUGACUAGCAGGGAUGGUUUGGAGAAGCAUUUAAAAGAACUACUAAAGUGGCCCAGAAACAGCAGUCAAGAAUUACCAUAUACUUUUAUUUGGUAGUUGCUAGGGGCUUUUUUUUCCUUCCUUCCUCCUGAACUCCUCUUGCUUUUGAUAAUGGCCUUGGACUUGGACGACUUAUCGAUUUCCCCAUGUAAGAUGCUGUAUCAUUUGGUUGGGGGGGGCCCUGCCUGGUAAUGGACCAUGAGAGAGGCCAGGCCUUCUGGAGGUGAGCCCAUGGAGAUCUCUUCCCCAGACAUGUCUGGGGUAGCUGCAGAGAGGUGCUCCAGCCCCUCCACUCAGCUGAGUACAGACCCAUCUCUUGACGGGCUUCCGGCAGCUGAAGACAUGCCAGAGACCCAGACUGAAGAUGGGAGAACCUCCGGACUCGUGGGCCUGGCAGUUCCCUGCUGUGUCUGCCUGGAAGGCGAGCGCCUGAGAGGUUGCCUCAACUCGGAGAAAAUCUGCAUUGUCCCCAUUCUGGCUUGCCUCGUCAGCCUCUGUCUCUGCAUUGCCGGCCUCAAGUGGGUAUUUGUGGACAAGAUAUUUGAGUAUGACUCUCCCACUCACCUUGACCCUGGGGGGUUAGGCCAGGACCCUAUUAUUUCUCUGGAUCCAACUGCUGCCUCAGCUGUGUGGGUAUCAUCUGAGGCAUACACUUCACCUGUCUCUAGGGCUCAAUCUGACACUGAGGUUCAAGUUACAGUGCAAGUUGACAAUGCUGUUGUGUCCUCUGAACCUUCAGCGGUACCCACCCCGAAGAAUCGUAUUUUUGCCUUUUCUUUCCUGCCGUCCACUGCACCAUCCUUCCCGUCACCCACUCGGAGCCCUGAGGUGAGAACACCCAAGUCAGCAACUCAGCCACAAACAACAGAAACUAAUCUUCAAACUGCUCCUAAACUUUCUACGUCUACAUCUACAACCGGGACAAGCCAUCUUGUAAAGUGUGCAGAGAAGGAGAAAACUUUCUGUGUGAAUGGAGGCGAGUGCUUCAUGGUGAAAGACCUUUCAAACCCCUCAAGAUACUUGUGCAAGUGCCAACCUGGAUUCACUGGAGCGAGAUGUACUGAGAAUGUGCCCAUGAAAGUCCAAAACCAAGAAAAAGCGGAAGAGCUCUAUCAGAAGAGAGUGCUGACCAUCACCGGCAUCUGCAUCGCCCUGCUUGUGGUUGGCAUCAUGUGUGUGGUGGCCUACUGCAAAACCAAGAAACAGCGGAAAAAGCUUCAUGACCGGCUUAGGCAGAGUCUUCGGUCUGAACGGAACAACAUGGUGAACAUAGCCAACGGGCCUCACCACCCUAAUCCACCCCCCGAGAACGUCCAGCUGGUGAAUCAAUACGUAUCUAAAAAUGUCAUCUCUAGUGAGCAUAUUGUUGAGAGAGAAGUGGAGACAUCUUUUUCCACCAGUCACUAUACCUCAACAGCUCAUCAUUCCACUACUGUCACCCAGACUCCUAGUCACAGCUGGAGCAAUGGACACACUGAAAGCAUCAUUUCGGAAAGCCACUCUGUAAUCAUGAUGUCAUCAGUAGAAAACAGUAGGCACAGCAGCCCAACGGGGGGCCCAAGAGGACGUCUUAAUGGCAUGGGAGGCCCUCGUGAAUGUAACAGCUUCCUCAGGCAUGCCAGAGAAACCCCUGACUCCUACCGAGACUCUCCUCAUAGUGAAAGACAUAACCUUAUAGCUGAGCUAAGGAGAAACAAGGCACACAGAUCCAAAUGCAUGCAGAUCCAGCUAUCAGCAACUCAUCUUAGAUCUUCUUCCAUUCCCCAUUUGGGCUUCAUUCUCUAAGACCCCUUGGCCUUUAGGAAGGUAUGUGUCAGCAAUGACCACCCCAGCUCGUAUGUCACCUGUAGAUUUCCACACGCCAAGCUCCCCCAAAUCGCCCCCUUCGGAAGUGUCUCCACCAGUGUCCAGCACGACGGUGUCCAUGCCCUCCAUGGCAGUCAGCCCCUUCGUAGAAGAAGAGAGACCUCUGCUACUCGUGACCCCACCAAGGCUGCGGGAGAAGUAUGACCACCACUCUCAGCAAUUCAACUCCUUCCACCACAACCCUGCGCAUGAGAGCAACAGCCUGCCCCCUAGCCCCUUGAGGAUAGUGGAGGAUGAGGAGUAUGAAACGACCCAGGAGUACGAGCCAGCUCAAGAGCCUGUUAAGAAACUCGCCAAUAGCCGGCGGGCCAAAAGAACCAAGCCCAAUGGCCACAUUGCCAACAGAUUGGAAAUGGACAGCAACACAAGUGCUGAGAGCAGUAACUCAGAGAGUGAAACAGAAGAUGAAAGAGUAGGUGAAGAUACACCUUUCCUGGGCAUACAGAACCCCCUGGCAGCCAGUCUUGAGGCAGCACCUGCCUUCCGCCUGGCUGACAGCAGGACUAACCCAGCAGGCCGCUUUUCUACACAGGAAGAAUUGCAGGCCAGGCUGUCUAGUGUAAUCGCUAACCAAGACCCUAUUGCUGUAUAAAACCUAAAUAAACACAUAGAUUCACCUGUAAAACUUUAUUUUAUAUAAUAAAGUAUUCCACCUUAAAUUAAACAAUUUAUUUUAUUUUAGCAGUUCUGCAAAUAGAAAACAGGAAAAAAAAACUUUUAUAAAUUAAAUAUAUGUAUGUAAAAAUGUGUUAUGUGCCAUAUGUAGCAAUUUUUUACAGUAUUUCAAAACAAGAAAGAUAUCAAUGGUGCCUUUCUGUUAUGUUAUGUCAAGAGCAAGUUUUGUACAAUUACCGUGUUUGCUUUUCCACAGUAUUUUAGCAAAACCUCCCAUCUAUUCAGUUUUUGCUGACUUCUUGUGCAUUGCACUAUGAUGUUGACUGGAUGUAUGAUUUGCAAGACUUGCAACUGUCCCUCGUUUGCUUCCAGUAGCCCCCAGUCAGUACAUCCUGUAAUGGCACACCCAUCCAAAUACUCUUCUCUUUUGUAUGAACUUUUCUUUUGCCUUCAGCGUAUGAAAUGAGUUGUGUCUACUCUGCCAGCCAAAGGUUUGCUUCAUUGGGCUCUGAGAUAAUAGUAGAUCCAACAGCAUGCUACUAUUAAUUACAGCAGGAAACUGCAUUAAGUAACGUUAAAUAUUAGGAAGAAAGUAAUAUCGUGAUUUUUUAAAAACUAUAUUAUUAAUCAGAAGACAGCUUGCUCUCACUAAAAG